CUCAAAUUGAUUUGCAUAAACUUUCACUUUCGCUUUCUAUGGUUUAUAGAUUUGGGACUGCAGGUUGUGUUGUGAAAAGUUUCACUAGUGUGGUUUUCACGACCUUGUGAAAUACAAYUGUGCCACACUUUGAAACUAGUAAAAAUUGCUCUUUAUUGUGCAUGCCAAUGUGACUUUUUUUUGGUGUAUGUUYUGCUCUUUGGUUAUAGAUACAGGUAAUAUAUUCAUAUCACCAUGGAGAUGUCAUUGGACCCAAUGGUAGACGAAGAUUGUAUUGAUAUCAAUGGUACCCUAAUAGACCAAGUAAUGGACAUACUACGCACUGGUGGAACAUUCACAGUAGGUGGUGUUCUUCACAAUGUACUAAUGGCUACCAACGAUGGAGAUGUCUAUAACUGUUUGAAAGACUUACAAGCCCAAGGUCUUAUUAAGCUUGUUGGAGAAUAUCCUUUAAGAUGGCAGUUGUUUGGUAGCUCUGCAAGCAGUCUUGAGGAAAGAUCAGGGAAUUAUGGUCCAUUUAAUSAACCGAUGGACUGGGAUAAUCCUAARGGAGAACAGGGCACUGGUUACAAUGAUGAUAUAGGAGCUCGCCCAAGAUGGGAUGGAAGUUCCAAUGCUUCAAAGCCCCAAGACCACCAGUUUAAGGAGCCUGAAUAUCCUCAUCAAAAGAGAACUCAUCAUACUCAUGCGAAUGUUACCAGUCAUGGCAAAGGGUGUCCACCCCCUCCCUCUGCGGCACUGUUUGAAUCGCUCAAGUCUCAGUCCAACUAUCCUUCAAAACCUGUACCUGUUUUAGGAKGCAACACAGGGCAUAGAAGCAGACUCUCAAUCCCAAUUACGAGGAAUAUGGAUGGGCCUUCACCUUCUGCUCCCUAUUCGCCUGAUGGGAGCACAAAUGGUUGUCCACCAUUCAUACAUCAAGGUAACAGCAUGGGAAACAUUUCACAGCACAGUUCAAAUAAUGGCAAUAAUUCUGGUAACGCUCCUCAGGAGAUAAAAAGGGGCGGAUUGUCAACAUAUACACAAAGUCAUAGCUCAAGUCAUCACACACGCUCAACACAAGAAAAGCCUCCAUUAAAUCAAGGUGGAUUUCCCAGACAAAUGAAUCGAAGUGCUAACCAAUCAUCCGACAAUUUCUCAAGAAAUAUGUUAAGCUCUAACCCAAGAUUUGAACCAAGAUUUCCACACCAAACACUUUCCGAGUCUGGUAAAACUGGCAAUAUCCCUUCAAGACAAACCAGUCUUCCACCUAGUCAAMCCAGUUUUCAAUCUCAUCAAACUGGUUUUCAAUCUGGUGGAACUAGUUCUAGUUCAAGCCAGUUUCCYCAGCCCCCUWCUKCAGAGAUGUUUCAAAGCUUAUCCAGUAAAGGUCCCCAGAAAACACCAUUGAAUAGCCGAGGGAGUAAUCCAGGUGCCAGUGCAAGAAGACCAAACCUCACAGCMAAUCAAAACAAAGUGUUAGAAUUCAUGAAAAAGAAUGGAAAGCCUUGUAAUACAUUACAGUUAGCGCAUGCGUGUGACCUGCGAACGAAGAAAGAUAUUAACCCCUCACUCUACCAAAUGCAGACUUUUGGACUYAUUAUAAAGACGCAAGAUCAUCCUCCAUUGUGGAAGUUGAGGUCAGACAACCGUGAUCUUAUAAACUCCAUUACUACCAAUACGRCCAGUUCUUCAAUGAAAUUUCCAUCAAAACCUCAUGAGAAUUUCCCGCCACAAUUGCCUGGAUCUGCUUUCAGUUGUCCAGAUAAUAAUUCUGGUAUUGGUAACAGACCAUUAAAUCCAUUUGGAAAAAGGAACUUAUCAGUGGAAGAAAACCCAGUACAAAAAGUACCGCACUUCACAAGCCAAUCACAAUUUGAUAAGGGUUUUCCUCAGAGCAAUGCUGCGGGGUUUUCCCAGUACAAURGUGGAUCAAAAUCGGCCAACCAGGAUAAUCAAACCCAGGCGUUAUCGAAGAUUGUAGAUUCGUCUAUUAAUCAAAAUCCUGUCAGCGCUUUGAAUGAGUAUGCCCAGAAGAGCCGAUUGGAACUAACGUAUGUGACACUCAACGAAAAAAAAGGCUUUGCUGUCUCGGUUAUUCUUGGUGGUAAAACAUUUCCUCCUGGGCGAGCAUCAAAUUCGAAAGACGCCCGCCGUGAAGCCUGUGACAUUGCCUUAAGAUCUCUCCUCGGUCAAAACCAGGGACAAAAUAGAGAAUUGAACAUUCGCCAACCAUCAGCCGAGUCUCUUCGUGGCGCCCGCACUCAUUUYGAUCUUAUAGCUGCUCUUUCCCAACACGCCUUUGUGCAGAUCGCGGCCUCGAUCGAAGAGAACAUUGCCGGACGCAAAGUGGUUGCAUGUUUUGUAAUGAAAAGGGGGMMUGGYGACACGGGUCAAGUAGUCAGCUUGGGGUCUGGAAAUCGUUGUGUUACUGGCGAGCGGUUGAGUAUGGAAGGAAAAGUUGUGAACGACUCUCAYGCYGARAUUGUYGCCAGAAGAUCGUUGCAUCGUUUUUUGUACGCACAAGUGCAGAGUUUYUAUGACGGUCAGGACUCCAUAUUUGAACAAGGAAGUAAWUCGUCAUAUUUGACGCUGAAGAGAGGUAUAUCUUUUCAUUUAUAUAUUAGUACUGCUCCGUGUGGUGACGGUGCUCUAUUCACACUGAGGGUAGACAACGAAUUAACACAGCCCCAGUCCGAAGAUGGCGAACACGUCCCGGAGUUUACMUCCAAAGUGCAAGGAAUUCUGAGGACYAAAAUUGAAGACGGAGAGGGGACUAUUCCCAUUGACCCAAGUGACGGCYCACAAACAUGGGACGGGCUCUUACGAGGUCARCGAUUACGUACCAUGUCAUGCAGCGAUAAGAUCUGYCGAUGGAACGUUGUUGGUCUCCAAGGAGCUCUUUUGACACACUUCAUUGAGCCCAUCUACUUAGGGUCCCUCACUCUUGGAUACCUGUAUGAUCAUGGCCAUCUUUCAAGAGCRGUGUGCUGYAGGYUACAGCAUAARCAUGACUUAGGGGCUGAACUAAGUAGUCCUUUUAAGCUCCACCAUCCUUUAUUAGGCCGUGUCACUGCUUACGAAUCAAGCAGACAUACAGAGAAGACUAAUAAUUUGAGCCUUAACUGGGCUCAUGGGGACACCCACGCGGAAGUCAUAGAUGGGCGCACMGGGGCUUGUUUAUCCCGCACGAAAAACAUACCCACCCCAGCACGCAUAUGUAAAGCGUCCCUGUAUGGCCUUUUUAGGGACCUAUGCGUGAAGGCGAAGAGAAAUGAGCUCUUGAAUGCCGARACAUACCGCGAUGCAAAGAACUCUGCCAAACAGUUUCAAGAAGCCAAGAGACUAAUGUUUGAAUGYUUCAGGAAGUCCAAGUAUGGCUCAUGGGUUAGUAAACCAGGCGAGCAAGAAAUGUUUUGAGCGCAAAUGGAUUGUAAUAGUGAAAACAGAAAGAAUUUUAAUAGAAAAGUUAAACAGUUGUAUAGUGGAAAUAGCCAGAAAAGAUAACUUUGAAAUUAACUAUGCUGCCUUCAAAGGCUCAACUCAACUCGAAUAACAAGUUAUUUGACAAGCAGCGGAUAUAGAAUUUGUAAAGGAGACUAGUCCCUAUUGCGUAGCGAUAUAAUGAUAUCGUACUCUUUGAACAGAUCCAUUUUCUUCUAUCGCCUUAGGKAAGUGUCAAUCAGUCCCAGACCUAAAGAAGGCUUGUACCCAGUCACUUCUCUCGCUUUUUGGGCGGCGCGCGUAGCCAAAAAAAGAGAGUAACAGCUGGGUACGAGUCUGGGCAUUAAAGCCGAUUUUGUUAAAAGGUGAUGCGGGGAUUGAUGUUGAGGUCGCACUUAAGAUUUGUUGUUAUAGGGURUUUGAAAAUUUUAAAUUAUCGCGUUAGGCAUUAGUGAAACAAAUAAAUGGCAAGUUCGUAUAA